UGAUCACUUUCCUGCUUUCUUAUUGCGUAGGCCGCGCAGGAAGGCACUUCGUGUCUGCGUUGUUGUCUUGUUAAACGUACAUACGUAGAGAAGCCCCUGCCAAGCUCUUACCUGAAAUAUUCUUGGUGUAGCCUUCGUGUAUCCUUCGUGGUGUCCUUUUUCUUUUUUUCCCCUUUCUCAUCAGGAUUGCUUCUGCGCCGUUAUGCGCUUUCGUUAAAAGACUGCGCAAGCAAUACACUCUUUACCUCACUCUUUUAUAUUAUCGUCGAGCGAAUGGACCUCCCGCCAAAAUGCUUAUGAACUCUCCCUUCUCCGCGCUUUACCUGCGCUGGAAGCAGCUACCCAACCUCCAUAAGGUGAUAUCUGUAUCCGGCCUAUUUAUUUUCUUAUUAGUUAUAUUUCUUCAGCCUAAUCCCGACGUUGCACGCGAUGGGUGGAACCGUCUUACACACUCCGAUAAUGGCCCUUUGGCUGGUGGAAUUCCUCUUCGUGUCAUGUUCAUAGGCGCCUCUAUGACCCUCGGUGAGCACUCGACUGGCGAAGUCGGCUACCGAAAGCAACUUCGCGACUGGAUGGUUGCUAGAGGCAAUCCCGUCAACUAUGUCGGCCAGAACCGAUAUGGUGACUUCAAAGACAACGACGUCCAAGCAUUCGGUGCCCAGCCUAUACAACCUACCCUCGAUCGCCUUAAAGAAGUCGUACCUCAGACCCAACCAAACUUGGUCAUAAUCAAUGCUGGAUCAAGCGAUUGUUUCCAGUUGGACCAUUGGGGACCGGCGUAUGUCUUCCAGAAAAUGCGCGAUCUAGUCGACUUCGUCUUCGAAGCCUCGCCGCGAAGUACCAUUAUCAUGUCCACCAUCAUAAUGAGCCCAUGGGAAGGUACGGAACGUUGCGUCAGGAGCUCCAAUGCCCAGAUACGCCAGGUGGCUAUCGACCUUAUUCGGGAGGGCAAACCAGUAGUUAUGGCUGAAAUGCAUCAUGACCAGGGUCUACCGAACCGCGUUGAGAAGGCGGAUAUUGGACCUGACGAUAUGCACCCUACCGACAAGGGUUAUUUCAAGAUGGGAGAUAUCUUUAUAGAGAAGAUCAUCGAAGUUGAGAAAAACGGCUGGCUACAGGCCCCGGUCGAGAAUGGCGUCCCAGCAGAUGGCGAGGCUGCUAGAGAUGCUGAAGAUGCAAUCAAUGCAAAUCAGGAGAAAGCAAAAGAGAAGGAGAAUAAGGAGAAAGAAAAUCAGCAGGGCAAGGAAAGUCAAGACAAGAAGGAAAAGAGGUCCCCUAGUAGAAUACGAAUGGGGAAGAGCGCUUAAUAGACGGCACAUGGCCGUUUGAUGAUGUUAGAAUACAAUGUCAACGCCUCCUUGUAGCUUUCGCUUGGCUGAAGAGAAUUUGCAUAACACGCAGGAUUCGGAGGUAGAGCCGGCUAUUAUUUCUUGCGAAUAAUCACCGACAUUCGAAGCUGUCGGGUAUGCUACCCGGGUUCAUGAUGAUAUGGAACUCUUGCUAUUCGAGGAUGCGCUUGCCCCACGGGCCUCUACUACUACUUGGCAUGUAUAGUACGUAAGUUAGACUUGAUGUAUGCAUUUCCGAACUAGCAAAGACCUAGUGACGGUCAGCGUACUGGUUAGAUUCAAGUCUACGUCUAAUUGAGUCGACUACAAUUAUCUUAUGUUUUAUAUAUAUUUCAACUUUUGUAGACCAAUUUAAACAAUACUCAAUA